UUGUCAACGCAAAAAAACGCAGCGAAAAUAUAUUCGCCUCACUUUUAGAGAAGGUACUUUGAAAUUAUCGUCUUUCUUUAACAUGAACGAUUCUGACUCGGAAUACGAAGAAACCGAAUAUUUGGUGUAUGCUGACUUUAAAAAUCAUCUUGCGCCGCAUCAACUAAAGCACGAGGAUGCUGCCAUUCGCAUAAUUGCCAUUGAAAGCGACACUCCUAUGGCCGAGAUCAAUGGCAAUAUAUUCAAAGGCUCCUAUGACAUGACAAUGGGCACUAAUGUGUUUUUUGAAAAAGACGCCAACAGCGUAUUCGGUGAUCCACUUUAUGAGCCAGUUUGUCGACAGCAAUAUAAGUACCUAAAUAAAUCCGAGAAGGUCAUCAGAUUCGAUCGGGUUUACAUUGAAAAUUUACCACAAGAUAUUAAGUCGGAAGAGGAACAGCAAGCGGAACUGAAGCCACAUUCUCUAAAGUUAAAUAUCAACUAUAAAGAAGCGAUUGACAAAUUUGUCGAGGAACAAUAA